AUGACUACUCCCUCUCGCACCUUGAUUUUUCUCUUUGUAUUCCUGCCAGCAAUCCUCGCCAAGGGCAACAUCCUUGAAGACAUCCUUCCAAAUCCGUGCAAGUGCUGCCAAGAGAAUGAGACUCGCCUUCAUAUGUACUUGCACCAGUUCCCUCACUUGCCAGGUGUUACAAACCGGAACGAAUAUACCAUGGUAAGCUCUCCGGAACCUAUAGGGUUUGGCACAAUGAUAGUCCACGAUUGGGUUCUCACCACAGGGCUCAGUGCGACUGAAAAUGUUGUGGGGCGUCUGCAAGGCUUUCAUCUUCAAGCUGGUCAAGCCACCACCAGCUGGUACACAGCUCACACCAUAGUGUUCCGCGACGGCAGUUUUGCAGGGUCCACACUUGAGGUGUCGGGGAUCACAGAGGUAAAACCAAAUGGUGAAUGGUCAAUUACGGGUGGGACUGCAGCAUUUGCUAGUGCGCAUGGAACAAUCAAGUUCAUAAAUUCGCAGAGUAGUACCGCCACUGAUGCCAUAAAGGAGCUUGAUAUUCAUGUAUUCCACACUCCAGAGCCAGCGCUGCAGAAAGAGACAACAAGGCAGGCUCAUGAAGCUCACCAUUGGAACAAGACACUUGUUCCUAAGGGCCUUGUUAUCAUGCAAGAUUGA